AUGUCUCUAAAGAACAAUGAGAAGAGUGAACCGACGUCCAACCUUGAUGAUUCUACGAAGCCUGCGAGGUCAAAUUCGAAAUGUGUUCCAUAUCUGAGUCCUCCAAAUUCACCUUUCAAGGAGAAAGGAAAGUCUGGAGACAAAGCUCGCACGGUUGAGAACCUCGGCUCUAAUUUUCUUAGUCCUCCAUCAAGCCCGCCUCGACGAUCGUCAGAAUUGACAGUUCAUGAGGAGCAGGUGAAAGAGGACAAGAUUGACGUUACAACGCUGCGGACUCUUCUCGGUCUCACGAACGGCCGGUGUGGAGCUUCUGCAAAAACGGGGCGGCCGUGUAGAAAUUGGUCACCAGCUGCCAAGAAGGCCGCGGUCGCUUCUCAGCUUGAGUCGAUGAUAACCCUCACUCAGUCAUCUGUGGAUCUUAAAGCCCACUUAGACAAGCUUGCUAGCCUUGUGCAUUGCAAAAAUCACGAUGGUGGUCUUCCAAUGGUCGAUCGAAUCAAAGCCUGGACAAAGGCAUUUCCUGUUGGGGAAGUCAGUAUUACUGAUCCGAUCUUAUUGGUUGAAAAGCAAAUCAUACAAUUCCUAGCUCUCAAUUCUACGCAAUGCCUCAGAGUAGAGGAUGGCACGGAAUCGCGGUGCGGGGAGGGUAUUGGCGGGCUGCGAGUCCAUCAUUGCGCAUUGACGAUCAACGAGAUAGUCACUUCUAGUGCCUAUCUAAAUGAUGCUCAUCUAGACGUUCUGCUCCAAGUUCUCGAGAGGAGUAUGCGCUGUUCCCAGCAUACAAAGGAGAAGAACCUUCAAAAGGUGGCAUCUUGGAAGUCGAGCAUUACAGGGUUUCUUAUCAAUUUGCCCGAGAAAAGUGCACCUAAGGAAAAUGAAGGCUCUUCCAAACAUUCAAACACUCAGAGUACCACCGACAGCCCCUUAACCAACAUGAGCGAUGAUCCUAUCAUAAGAAGGUUGACAACGUCAAUCCCUGACUUUGACCAAGACUUGAGCGCCUUCUGGCCUACCACAUACCGCACUUCCCCUUUCGAGAUAAUCGAGAGAAGUAACAGGCUUACUGACUAUAAAUCUUCAUAUUCCCUGAUCAAAGGCGUGAUCAAUAAACCACUUCAAACGGUCGAUCUGCGCCAUGGCCAUAUCUAUAUGUAUGAGGUUGAAGGAAACCCAGGAUUUGUCAAGAUUGGUUACACAACUCAGUCGGUGAACAAGCGCCUUGAGAAAUGGGAUUUUGAUUGCAACAGGGCUCCCAAUGCUCUAUACCCCAUCCCUCCAAGAACUGCUGAAGCCGUCCCGCAUGCCCGUCGUAUUGAGGAAUUGUGCCACGCAGAGUUACACCAUCGACGAAUCAGGAUCUAUUGCCCCGGUUGCUUAAAGCAGCAUCUAGAAUGGUUUGAGAUUUCAUCUACGGAAGCCAUUACGAUCAUUCAAAAAUGGACCACUUGGAUGAAAACAAACCCAUACAAGCCCACGAGUUUACGAUAUGGGCAGAAAUGGACAAUCAAAAUGGAGGAGACUGCUAGGACGGAAAGGAUGGAUAACUUUAUAGAUGAAAUAUCAGCAGCCAGCUGA